AUGACUUCGGGAGGUUCUGGUGCGGUUUUCUUUUUGGGUACCCGGGCUCAUUAUCAGGUAUUGGACCAGCCCGAGUCUAGGUUCGACUCUGAGAACGGAAACAAGUCCACGGAGACCAUUUACCAAAACUCCAACAGCAUUCAGGAGCUGUGGCCGAGGCAGCAGACCAGCCUAGCCGCGGAAGAUGAGGCAGACCGGAGGAACUGGAACUACGAACACGACGACGUCACCGUGGUCUACGAAAAGGAGAAACAGGAGCUUGGGGUUGGCGUGAAGAGGAGAAUGAGACGACGCCAGAGCGAGGCGGCCCUCUGCGAGGAAGAGUUGAGGCCCGCUGUUCUGAACAGCGUGGGCGAGAAUGAACCGCCGAAGACCAAACCGUCGCGUCGCAUCUCACUCAUGGGAUUCCUAACUUCGCUGGGCAGACGCAAGCGGCGACUGGACUCAGAACAAGUCCAGUACUUGCGCCAUCUGGAGAGCGCCCUAACGAACUGCACGUACCGCGAGUCGUGUCGUUGCUACGAAUGUCAGAGUCGCUAUUUCGAAUGUGACGACGGCAGUGAAGACUAUAGCUCUGAUGAAAGCGAUUACACCCCACGCUAUAUUAGACAGCCUGAGCCCAUUAUGGAAGAACAUGAUCAUGACGACUCCGACGACGAAGUGUUUGUGAACUCCGUGCCCGGUGACAACACUUCAACCGACCUACUUAUCGACGGAAAAGAGAAGAUGUCGGUUUCGUCGGAUACACUGGACGAGCAGGACGAUGAAGCUGCCCUGGAUCUGGAAGUAGCCGCUGGCACACCGGUCCUACUAAACUAUCUACUUACACAUCCCAUCACUUGCACUAUCCAG